UCGGCGAGUUCACUGCCAACUCCUGAUCACCUCCAGUCUUACUCAUCCGUCCGUCCAUCUGGUUGGUUGGUUGGUUUUGGUUUUCUCUUCUUCUUGUAGACCAGAGAUUAAGGGAAAAUGUGACACGUUUUGUCCCCCGUUUCCUCAAACUUAUUCGAUCUGUUGCAAGGAAUGCAUAUGAUGCAUGUCAAGAAGUCGGAGGUUGACUCGGUUUCUAAUCAGCUACAGGACGCGGAUGACUUGGAAUCAUCCGUGGGAAGUAUUGCUUUAGGCGGGGAUGCCGUAAACCAUCACGGUCCCACGCCGUACAUCGUGGUGAGAGAAUUUCCUGCCUGGAUUGACAGAGGAAGGUCGGCCUACACCUCGGACAACAUUCAGCCGCAACCCCACAAUCUUCAAAGUGCUCAAAAUAACCAGCACAAUAUUCUUCAAAAGUCGCAUUUCAACCGUUUCUCGGCCAAAGACAAUAAGGGGCAUUAUCAUCAAAAUGGGGACUUGGUGCAUACGAUCAGCCAACAAUUUGUGACCGAGGCCGGACCCGACAUUGUCAACGCGGAGAACGCCAAACAGCUUAUUAACCAGUUAGGACUUAUACAGUACAAAAAACCAGGAGUUGAAAAGAUUUUGGAAGAACGCGAUGAAAAUGGGAUCGCUCACAAUGCCAUCAUAUUCUCAAAUAGUGGUGAAAGCGAGUACAGAAAACCAAGCUCGCCACCCAGCAAGGGGAACCGUCCACCUUCUGGACAUUCCAUUAAGGACCUAGAAACCCCACCGGACAGCUUAUACUUCAAGGAUAAGCAACGUCGCAUCGAUAUGAUGCUCGUGUUUGAGGAAGACUUGGACUUCUUAAAAGAACAAAGACGGAAAACAUUUCUAAAGAAUUUAGUGGACGAAGGCGUCGAAAUUGAGAUCGAACAUCCCGACCCAACAAAAAGAAGGCUUAACCACGAAACUCACUUUGUGAAAGUUCACGCUCCUUGGACAGUUCUGACCAAAUAUGCUGAAAUCAUGAACAUGAAGAUGCCCAUAAAGAAACUCAUCUCUAUAUCGUACAAAGCAUGGGACAAUAAGCCGAGUGGAGAGGACUUUCUAGAGGAGGUGACAUGCUGGAAACAAAUCCGAUCAAAAUUCAAAAUAUUUGAUUAUAAUCAUCAGCUCAUACCGGCCGAGCCCUCGUUUUUCAUGGCGUCCUUCUCCCGACAAAAAGAAGAAUGUUUUAUCAUAAAAGAUCGAGAGACUUUCUUCACUCCUGCUCAAAGAAGUCAAAUUGCGUGGAAAAUCAUGACCAGGGUACGCUUCGAUGAUGGAGGGGACGAAAAGACUGGAAUUCGAAGAUUAUUAAAUGACAAAACAUUUAAUGCUUCAUUUCCAUUGCAUGAAGGACCGUAUAAUGAAGAUAACGAUCCCAACGAUCGUCGGCUUUUGUUCACCGAGUGGGCUCAUUUUAGUAACUGGUACAAAAAACAGCCAUUAUGGCUCAUUCGUCGCUAUUUCGGGGACAAAGUAGCUCUAUAUUUUGCAUGGCUGGGAUUUUAUACGUCCAUGCUAAUCCCAGCGUCUAUCGUGGGAAUUCUAUGCUUCAUGUUUGGCGUAGCGACGAUAGAUACGGAUUACAAUACGCCGAGUAAAGAGAUCUGCGACGAAGAAAUUGGCGGAAAUAUAAUUAUGUGUCCGUUAUGCGGAAAAUGCGAGCUGUGGCAACUCACCGACUCAUGCACAUUCUCAAAGCUUACUUACUUCUUUGAUAACCCGGCUACAGUAUUUUUCGCUGUGUUUAUGGCAUUUUGGGCUACAUCCUUCUUGGAAUUUUGGAAAAGAAAGCACGCCGUGAUCUCGUGGGAAUGGGAUCUCAGAAACUACGAGUUUGAAGAAGAACCCCGUCCCGAGUUUGAAGCUGCGGUGAAAACUUUCCGAAUUAAUCCAGUGACCAAAGCUCCCGAGCCAUAUUUAUCAUUUUGGAGGAAAGCUGUUCGAAUGCUGAUCGUGAGCUCGCUCGUUUUCUUGCUCCUCUUCAUCGUCGGCUUUGUCGUGGUGGGAAUCAUCAUCUACAGAUUGGUCAUGAUGAGUCUCCUUUACACGGAUGACGAUGAGAAAGAGGACUUGUCGGACACGCGGAGAGAGUUUUUUCAAGACAAUGCCAAAAUUAUUACUUCAGUGUCGGCCGCAAUUAUCAAUCUGGUCAUUGUCGUAUUCCUCCACAAUAGGGUGUACUUCAAAGUGGCAAUUUGGCUCACAAACAGCGAAUAUCCUCGCACUCAAACGGAGUACGAAGACAGCUUUACUUUCAAAAUGUUUCUUUUCCAAUUCAUCAAUUACUACUCGUACCUGAUCUACAUUGCAUUCUUCAAGGGAAGAUUUUUCCGUCAUCCUGGUGACGAUUCAAAGAAUAGCUUUGAGAAAAUUAGGGGCGACAUGUGCGAUCCUGCAGGCUGUCUUUCAGAGCUAUUCAUCCAACUUUCCAUUAUUAUGGUGGGGAAACAGUUUUUUAAUAAUUUCAUGGAGAUUUUUAUGCCGAAAUUUUCGAAUUGGUGCCGUCGUAUAAAAUAUGCUUCCGCAGUGGAUCCAGACGCUCCAGUAUUUUUUACCAGAUGGGAGCAAGAUUUCAACCUGAAGAAAGUGGAUCAACUCGCCUUAUUCCAAGAGUAUUUAGAAAUGGUCAUCCAAUAUGGUUUCGUCACCUUAUUUGUGGCCGCUUUCCCCCUUGCCCCAUUUUUUGCCCUGUUGAACAACGUGGUCGAGAUUCGGUUGGAUGCUUACAAGUGGAUUACACAAAUGCGACGACCACUCGCAGAACGUGUGGAGGAUAUUGGAGCGUGGUAUGGAAUUUUACAAGGAAUCACAUACACCUCCGUCGUCACAAAUGCCUUCGUCAUAGCUUACACAAGUGAUAUCAUCCCAAGACUGGUGUAUAAAUACACGAAUGAUCAUGGUAGCCUUACAGGUUACAUUCAGUCCUCUUUGUCUCAAUACCCAACUUCAAACUACACCCUAAGCAGUCAGCGAAUGGUCAACAACGUUACAAAGGAGUUUUGUUAUUACCGAGGAUAUUACACAAAUGCGAGUGACAUCCACCCAUUCACACCUUCACCGCGUUACUGGCACAUUCAGACUGCCAGACUGGCUUUUGUUGCUGCGUUUGAGCAUUUAGCUUUUGCACUAACUGGGAUAAUGGCUUUCGCAAUUCCGGACGUACCAAAAGAAAUUAGUGUACAAAUUCAGAGAGAGAAACUUCUCGCCACAGAAGCGUUGUAUGAGAGCGACCUGGCGAAGUUACGAAGGGGUGAGGAAGCUCAGAUAAGUCAGCAUGAAAUGACUUUGAGUACAACGAAAAAUGGGAGAAGAACUUCUAUUUUUAAUUGAUGAAUUGCAAAUGAGAAAAAAUAAAAUUUGGGAAAUGUGCUUAAAAA